AUGGAUUCUCCAAGUUUGCCUGAUGACCUUCUGUCUGAAGAACCACUCAAGUGUUCACUUUGUCUAGAGGUGUUCACCAACCCUGUUUCCACUCCAUGUGGGCACAGUUUCUGCAUGGCUUGUAUAGAUAGCUACUGGGGUAGCUGUGACAUUUGUCAGUGUCCAUCGUGCAGUAAAAGAUUCCACAUGAGACCCGAGGUGAACACAAACACAGUCCUCGAAGAGCUUGCUGUACAGGUGAAGAGGAGGAAGGUGGAAAUAACAGAGCAUGCUGCUAAAGCUUGGGAAGUGCCCUGUGAUGUCUGCCCUGGGACGAAACUCAAGGCCCUGAAGUCCUGCCUGGUGUGUCUCAUCUCCUACUGCGAGAUCCACCUGGAGCCUCAUCGAAGAGUUGAAUCCUUGACACGGCACAAGCUUAUUGACCCCAUCGAUGACCUCGAAAGGAGGAUAUGUAAAAAGCACCAGAAGCUGCUGGAACAGUUCUGUAGAAGUGACCAGACUUGUGUUUGUAUGCUGUGCACUGAAACGGAUCACAAGACACAUGAUAUCGUCCAUAUUGAAGAACAGUAUGUUGAGAAGAAGUCUCAACUAGAUGGGACUAAAGCAAAUAUCCAGCAGAUGAUCCAGGACAGACUUAAGAAGGUGGAAGAAAUAAAGCACACAAUGGUGCUCACCAAGGAAAAAAUGGAAAGACAGGGUAAAUAUUGUGCACACAUCUUCACUGAGGUGGUGCACUCUCUUGAGGAGAGGAAGGCAAAACUCCUUGAAGUGACUGAGAACAAACAGAGGGCAGAAGAGGCUAGAGCCGAAGAGCUCAUAAUGGAGCUGGAGCAGGAAAUCGGAGAACUCCAGAAGAGAGAUACUUUGCUGGAGCGGCUUUGUCACACUGAGGAUCACCUCCACUUCUUACAGGACUAUCUAUACUUGUCCACCUUUCCAGAAAUGAAGAAGUGGUGUGACCUCACUAUCUACACUGACCUCUUCAUAGGGACUAUAAGAAGAGCUGUGUCUGGAGUCUUGGAAGACGUACAGAAAAAAGUCAAACUGCUAACAGAAGCUGAGCUUAAGCAACUGCAGAAGUACAAAGCUAAAAUUACGAUGGACCCUAAAACGGCAAGCUCUUGGGUCAUGAUAACGGAGGGUGGGAAGCGCAUGAAGAACAGCAAGACAGAGCAGGUGGUUCCAGACAAUCCAGAGCGGUUUGAGACUUCCCCCAUGGUCCUUGGGGAACAGGCCUUCAGCUCCGGCCGUCACUACUGGGAGGUGCAGGUGGGAAUGAGACACAACUGGAAAAUAGGGGUUGCCAUGGAGACGGUCAAGCGGAAGGGUAGCAUAGAGGUGUCCACCAAACACGGCUUCUUCGUGUUGUCAAUGGAGGGUUUUGGAACGAAGUACAGUGCUGAAACCUCCCCUUCUACUGUGCUGUACCUCAACCCAAAACCACGGAAAGUGGGGAUUUACCUGGACUAUGAGGGCGGUCAGGUCUCUUUUUAUGAUGUGGAGGCCUGUUCUCUUAUUUAUACCUUUGCUGGUUAUACCUUCACUGGAAAUCUCUAUCCGUACUUUUAUCUGUACAGCAAAGCGAAGAAGUCCGAGGCACUGACCAUUUGCGAUGUUUAUGAGUACAACUUGGCAUUUUUCAGCUAUUUGGGCUCUUCUUCGGCAAAAUCCUGACAUGUUAACGUCGAUGCCGCAAGAAGGCACCUUUUAGGAGGAGGAGAUCUGGGGGACAUUUUUUUUUCUGUCUGCUUUUAAUCUCAAGGGGGUGUGGUGGUGUAGCUGGUUUGCCUGGGUCCUGCUAUCCGGUGGGUCUGGGGUUGAGUCACGCUUGGAGUGCCAUGCAACGUACUGAUAGCCUGUCCUGGGUGUCUUCCCUCACUCUCCAGCCUUGCACCCUGUG